AGUUUCUUUUUGUGUAUUUACAACUUGACAUUACAAAAAAAAUAUUUGUAUCAGCCGUGAUUUCCAUACGGUAACCAAAACAGUGCAAAAUAAAUAUUUACACUGGAUCAUAAAAAACCGAACAAAAGGAAAUUAAUUUACAAAGAUGCCUGCUCUUAAAAAACCAAAUAUAUUAAUAACUGGUACACCCGGGGUAGGGAAAUCUACAUUAUGUGACAAGUUAGCAGAAAAGCUUAACUUUGAGUGGCAUGAUAUCUCAAAAAUAGCGAAAGAAAACGAUUUCAUUGAGAGCUAUGAUGAAGACUAUGAAUGCCCAGUUAUUGACGAAGAAAAAUUAUUGGAUUAUUUAGAACCAAUCAUUACAAGAGGAGGAAACAUAAUUGAAUAUCAUGGAUGUGAUUUCUUUCCUGAACGGUUUUUCGAUAUAAUUUACGUCAUUAGAUGCAAUAACACAAUUUUGUAUGAUAGAUUGAAAGAACGUAACUACAACGAAAAAAAACUAAGAUCUAAUAUUGAGUGUGAAAUAUUCCAAACGAUUUUAGAUGAAGCCAAAGAUUCAUAUGACGAGAGCAUUGUUUUUGAGUUGAAAUGUGAAACUACAGACGAUGUGGACAACAAUGUACGUACUGUUAAAGAAUGGUAUUCGAAUUGGAAGAGAAAAUAAAGAAUUAA